UUUCAGUUUGCAGACACAGAAGUUGGUAGUAAAUCAAGAAACAAAAAAGGAGCAAUUUUUAUACGCCAAAAAGGAAUGUGAACGUAUACGAUAGAUGUUCAAUGUGAAAAGCGAAAUGAACGGCGACUAAAAAUUCAACGUGUACAGCUAACGACUCCGAUUCAUAGUGAAUCCAAACACGCCACGGGGUCCAGGUGAAGCCUCUCCGACCGACGGACUACGGCAGAUUCCGCAAGCUCUACCAAACGAUCAAUCUUUUCGCUCUUUUUCCUCACCAUUUCAGGUCUCCCUCUCCGCCCCGCAAAUCCUUGGAUCUCGCUUCCCUGUUUCGCAAAGUUGAUGACCUCCCUAGUUUAAAUUUCUCAUCUUUCUGUCGUUUUCUAUGUAAAAGAAACACCUUUUGUAAUUUGGGUGCAUUUGGCGCGGAAAUAUAACUCUUGUCUCUCUGAUUUGCGUCAUUCCCGGAGGUUUUUGAAUGACUGGGUUUUGAAAUUCAGAUACUAUCAAUUGUAUCAGUGCAUUUUCCGGGUUGGAUUUGUAGUUUUGUAUCAUUGUAUAUGCGUUGAUUAAUGGCGGUUUCUGACAACGAGAGGGGGCUAGUUUUGGCAAUGUUGUCAAGCUUGUUUAUAGGGACAAGCUUUAUUUUGAAGAAGAAAGGACUCAAGCGUGCUGCAGCUGUCGGUACUGGUGCAGGUGCAGGAGGUCAUUCUUACUUGCUAGAACCGCUUUGGUGGACUGGCAUGAUUACCAUGAUUGUCGGAGAAGGUGCAAAUUUUGUGGCUUAUGUUUAUGCCCCUGCUGUUCUUGUUACUCCCCUUGGUGCAUUAAGUAUAAUUGUCAGUUCUGUUUUGGCUCACUUUAUGUUGAAGGAGAGACUACACAAAUUGUGCAUACUUGGAUGUGCUUCUUGUAUUAUAGGGUCUGUGAUCAUUGUAAUACAUGCUCCUCAGGGAUCUGUGCCCACUUCUAUAGAAGAAAUUUGGAAUCUGGCUACUCAACCAGCAUUUUUAAUCUAUGUAGCAGCAACGAUAUUGAUUGUGUUGGCAUUGGUAUUGUACUUUGAACACCAGUAUGGGCAAACAAAUGUGCUGGUUUACUUAGGUAUCUGUUCGCUAAUGGGUUCCUUAACGGUUGUGAGCAUAAAAGCCAUUGGAAUUGCAAUAAAACUUACUUUAGAGGGAACAAGUCAAAUUGCAUAUCCUCAGACAUGGUUUUUCCUCAUAGUUACACUGACAUGUGGGAUCACACAGUUGAAUUAUCUCAACAAGGCACUUGAUACAUUCAAUGCAGCAAUUGUUUCUCCAAUUUAUUAUGUAUUAUUCACCACCCUGACCAUCGCUGCUAGUGCAAUAAUGUUCAAGGAUUGGGCAGGACAAGAUGUUAGCAGCAUAGUAUCUGAGCUAUGUGGAUUUGGGACUGUACUUUGUGGAACAAUCAUACUUCAUGUUGCUAAAGAACAGGAAUCAACAAAUGCAGCGGGAACCAUAAUUUGGUAUGAUGAACGUAUAAAGGAUGUGGACGAUGCACAUUAUAUUACACUACACAGCUCCAACCAUUUCACCUGAUCUUAUUUAUGGACAUGGUUGUGGAAAUCUCGUUUCCCUUUAGAAUGUGAUUGCUCAGACUAAAGGUGGGACAAAUGUGGUUUUCUCAACUCGAUUCACGUUAUCCAAAGUCCUGAUUUGUGUGCAGGAGGGUGCUCUGGAAUAGGUCUUGUGGAUACUGAAAAUUGUUUGAGUUCUGUUCAGAAUUAAACGCUGGCAUAAUGAACUUAAGCUUAUUUUGUAACAUGUUGGCCAUUUUAUUAUCCAUUGUUUAUAAGCUUCAUUUUUGUACAUGAAAGUGGCUCACACUCAUGUUUAAAUACUUGUUCAGUUUAUGUUUUGCAAAGGCUCUGUAAAAUAUUUUAAAGCCCAUGGACCAUGGUUGUAUAGAUUCUUCAAGGGAAAUGCC